AUACAGACGUAUAUCAACAAUCGACAUUAAAUACCACUGAUUUAAGUUUAAAAUAUAAUAUAAUAUAUUAUAUAUUAAUAUUAUACAUCCAUGAUCAUGGCAUUCAAUACUUGACGAUAGUUACAUAAAUUAUAUUUUUAGCGAUUAGAAUUCUGUUAUUUGAUAAUAAUAAUAAUUAAUUUGAGAUUUAAACUAUACACAAUGCCUUUGCCUCCAGCUCUGGCUAAAAAGUUGGCGACCCGUGGAAUACUCUCUGAAAACGAAGCAAAGAAUAAUACUAAAGAAGUCGAAGAAGAAGUAAUUGCGGAAUGUUAUGAUGAUGUUGAUGAUGCAAAUGAUAACUCAGGCUCAGAUUCACAAGAUAGUGAUGAAGAAAAUGAUAAACCAGAUCCUAAAAUAUUGGAUAAAUUUAAAGGUCAUCAUGGUUGUCCAAAUAAGUCAAAUGUUUAUCAUGAAUGCUCAAAGUUUUGUGAACAGCGAUGGAGAAAUGGUAUUAAACGACCAAGGAAUGGUUAUUUAAAAUCUAGAAAUGCUAUGUUAGAAAAGUUUCCCCUACCUAAAAAUUGGCAUGAAGUUUAUGAUCCUGGAACUGGCAGAUUUUAUUACUGGGAUGUAGUAAAUGAUUCAGUUUGCUGGCUACCACCAAGCCACCCUCGUUCAAUUGUUACUGAUUCUGUUGCACAAUUUCGAUUCGAACGUCAUGCUAUAAUGCAAAAUAUGGAUAAAAAGACUUCAGAUUCAGAGAGUAGUAGUGAUGAUAGUGAAGAUGAAAGGAAAAAAAUUCAAAGAAAAAAGAAUCCUAUGCCACCACCUGUUCAAGAAAUCCGGGCCAAAGAAGUGAGAUAUGAUCGUGAACCUAAACGUAAAGAUCCUCCAAGAAGAGUAACAAAAGCYAAUGAUCUUGAUCCAAUGGAUCCAGCUGCUUAUUCAGAUAUUUCCAGGGGUUCUUGGAGUGAUGGUCUAACUGUUGAAGCUAAGUCAGGUGUGGACACUACAGCCUCAGGACCACUAUUUCAAAUGCGACCAUACCCCAGUCCAGGUGCAGUUUUGCGAGCUACAUCUAGCCAAACUAAACGUAAAUAAAAAUAAGAAAAACUGUAUACUGAGUAAAAUUUUAUAUUUAACUAUAAAUUUUAAAUUCAAAUUAU